ACCAAUCCUUCAGGAAAAAUGAAAUGCCCUCUAUUUACAAAGUACAUUGGGCAUACCCCAACUAGUACCUAUGAUGAGCUUGAGGGGCGGCAGUUAUAAGUGACGGGAUCUCUCGCAGCGAUGAAGAGUUACUUUCUACGCAGGCCAGUCAGAAUUACAACUCUGCUUUAACAGUUACAUCUCUCUCGGGUAUUUGCAAUGUAUAUGAACAUAUUUACAGCGUUGCUGCUCCCUCUUGCUAGUGUUUCGGCGCUCCCAAAGCGGGCCGAAACGCUCAUUCCGAAAUCAGUAUUCGACAACACUGCCAACCUAGAGCAAUACUUCACAUACAACUACCCUUGGGGUGGAAACACUCACAAUGGAGGCGCUCGUAUGGACAAAGACCACGUCAAAAUUUCUACCCCGGGCACAUUGACGAUAACUGCACAGCCCGUGAAAGGACAGCCGCCUGCGCAGCAUGGCGGCAAGAACAUACCCAUCAACUACCUCUCUGGCGCAGUUGGCGCAAAGCAGCACUUUACAGUUCCAAAAGGCGGCGGCCUCUCUUUCAGCGGGAGCUUCCAGGCUACGACGACUAAGGGAACGUGGCCGGCAUUUUGGCUCACUGCCGUCAACGGAUGGCCGCCAGAGAUUGACAUGGCGGAAUGGAAGGGCUCCGGAAAGAUCAGUUUCAACACAUUCAAUACGAGUUCUGUCCUUAGCUGGAAGGACGUGACGUACAGCAAUCCUGGUCAGUUUCACGACAUUCGAUGCGAAUUGCGGGACAAGAAUGGAAAGGAUACGGAAGUCAAAUUCUGGAUGGACGGCCAGUUGCAGGCAACGCACGUGGGAAAGGAUUAUACCGGGAAACCGUUCUACCUUGUCAUAAAUCUUCAAAUGGAGGGAAGUAGUGGCAGUCCAGGGCCAACUACCAGUGAGACAUUUGUGACCCAUACGUCGAUCCCGAUGAAUGCUAACAUCCUUGCUAGAUACGACAUAUUCGGUGAAGAAUCUGGAGGUCACAACAUUGUAACCGAUCGCUAUAUUGAGUGAACUAGGCCCAUCCUUGAAAUAUCUAGCGGUAGAGCCCUCAUCACUUUGUUCUCUUGCAGACACAUGGUUCGGCCACUCUAUCAUAAAUGCAAUUGCGAAAAUCCAGGUUUUGAUGUUC